AUGGAAGACUCAAAGAGUCUCGAGGCGGACGUCCGUCCCGCCUCCCCGUACGACGACCCGAAAGCCAUACGGGGAGAGAUCACAGGCGGUCACAACUCACAAACUAAGCGAGGUUUGAGCUCUCGUCAUGUUCAAUUUUUGGCUCUGGGUGGUUGUAUCGGCACUGGUCUUUUUGUUGGCAGUGGCGCAGCGCUGUCAACAGUUGGUCCUGCUCCUUUGCUCAUGGGUUAUAUUGUCAUGUCUAGUAUUGUAUACUUUGUCAUGAACAUGCUUGGUGAAAUGACUACCUAUCUCCCCGUUCAAGGUGUUUCUGUGCCUUAUUUGAUCACUCGGUUUACGGAGCCCAGUCUUGGAUUUGCGGUUGGUUACAAUUACUGGUAUUCAUUUUCAAUGUUACUAGCAUCAGAAGUCACUGCAUCCGCUCUUGUCAUUGAGUAUUGGCAGUCCCCAGUCAACGUCGGUGUAUGGAUCGCAAUCAUUCUCGUUGUCAUCCUCCUUCUAAACAUUGUCGCGGUCGCCUGGUAUGGCGAAGCCGAAUUCUGGUUCGCGUCACUCAAGAUUCUUGCGAUUCUCGGUCUCAUCAUUCUGGGUGUCAUACUUUUCUUCGGCGGCGGUCCUAACCAUGACCGUCUUGGUUUCCGGUACUGGCAAACGCCAGGCGCAUUUGUGGAGCCUUACUUAGUCCCGAGCAUCAGCACAGGCCGCUUUUUGGCAUUCUGGACCGCUAUGAUCAAGUCCGGAUUUUCCUUCAUUUUCUCCCCGGAACUGAUCACUACCGCCGCCGGUGAGGCUGCCUCGCCACGCCGCAACAUUCCCAAGGCGGCGAACCGGUUUAUUUACCGUCUGUUUGCAUUUUAUAUCUUGGGAAGCUUGGUCAUUGGCGUCACUGUGGCAUACAACGAUAAAAACCUGCUGCAAGGAGUUGCCAGCGGUGGAUCAGGUGCUGGAGCUUCGCCCUUCGUUGUCGGCAUCCAAAAUGCUGGUAUUUCCGGAUUAAACCACGUCAUCAAUGCUGCUAUUCUUAUCUCUGCUUUUUCUUCGGGUAACUCUUGGGUUUUUGCUGGGUCUCGCACACUUUACUCGCUCGCGGGUGAGGGACAGGCUCCCAAGAUUUUCCUUCGCUGCAACAAAAACGGUGUGCCGUACUAUGCUGUUCUCGUCACUUGGGCGAUUGGUCUGCUCUCGUUUUUGAACCUGUCUUCCUCGGGUGCAACUGUGUUUUAUUGGUUUACCAACAUUACCACAAUUGGAGGUUUCAUCUCUUGGGUCGUCGUGGGAGUUGCAUACUUGCGUUUCCGCGGCGCUUUAAAGUUCCACGGGCUACUCGAGUCGCGGCCCUUCAUUACUCCCUUCCAGCCGUAUGGCACUUACUACGCUAUCGUUUUUGUGUCACUACUGUCUAUUACUAACGGUUACACGAUAUUCUUCCCGGGCUCAUUUACUGCCUCGAAUUUCCUUGUUUCCUACAUUGUCUUUGUGAUCUUCUUUGUGCUGUAUUUCGGCCACAAGUUGUAUUACAAGACGCCGUGGAUGAUCAAGGUAUCGGAGGUUGACAUUUUCAGCGGCAAGGACGAGAUCGACCGACUUGAAGAAGAGGAGAUCGAGCCGCAGCCACGCAAUUGGCUAGAGCGAGUGUGGUGGUGGAUUGCAUAG